UCACUCACUAAUCACCUCUCAACCAACUCUCAUCUCUUUUUUUUUUUCUUUCUCUCUCUAAAACAUAAAAAUGAGGGCAGGGGUUACAAUAGUACAUCUAGGAGGUUCAUUUGGUCCACAACAACACACACCACCACUACAACACCACCAUAUAACACCGCCCGCGGCCGGGUGGAAGUCCCCGGUACCAUACCUAUUCGGAGGCCUAGCCGCCAUGCUCGGGUUAAUCGCCUUUGCAUUGCUUAUCCUCGCUUGUUCGUAUUGGAAACUCUCCGGCUACCUUGACGCCGGCGAGGAUUCCGGCGAGGUCACCGGCGAUGAGAAACUCAAGGAAAAUAAUGUCACCGCCACAUCGAUUCCGUGUAGUGUAUUGGUGAUCAUGGCGGGGGAGGCGAAACCUACGUUCUUGGCCAUGCCGGCGAGUAGUAAGGCUUCUUCGUUAGCGAGUUGUAGUAGCGGCGGAACAAAUCGAAGUGGUGGCGAAAGCGAAGGCGGUGGUGGUGAAGAGAAAAUGGGUGGUGAAGAAGAUAAAAGUAGAGAAAGGACAACCUGAGUAUGUUGGUGGAAGGUAUAGUGAGGGUGUAUGUUGUGGUGGGUCAAUAUUUGUCAAUUAUUGUUAUUGCUCAGGUAUGUCAUGGGAUAUAGUAAGAUUGGACCCCAUGCAUAAUUUAAAUUACAAAAAAAAAAAAAAAAAAAAAAUCUUAUUGGAGAAAAAAAGAGAGAGAAUUAAGAAAAAAAAAUUAUAUGGUGGUAUUAGUAAAGGUAAUUAGGUUUGGGAUGAGAGGAUUAGGUACAUAUGUAGAAGGUUUUUAGGUAGGUAGUUUUUUAUUUUUGUUACUUUUUCAGUCGAAAUUAUGAGUUAUGUAACAACUUAAUCAGAUGGAGGGAGUAAUUUCGUUUCGUUUUAGUUGCUGAUGAUAGAGAUAGUGGCCUGGUUAGAUUUGAUCAUUAUUAUUGAAGAAUUUCAGGGACAUAGGUAACUUUUUUCGGUUUUGUGUUGUUGAAGUGAAUGCAAAUUGCUAAUUGCUAAUUGCUAUGUAGAGAUUGAAGUGAAAGGGAGAGAUUUCAUGAAAUUGUGCAAAAAUUAAACAUGCUUUA